GGAUACCACGUCAGUGGUAUCCCGAACCAAUAAAAAGGCAACAUCUCAGCAUCACGGAUACAGCUCAUCGAUGUAACGGGAGAAAACAUGUAACGUCAUCAAGAAGCGUUAACGUCAUUGACGGAGAAAAAGCCCUAGCUUGCCCAGGUUAGAAGACCUCCCUCCUCCUCUUGUGCUACUAAAGCCACUGGCGCGUCUUCGUUUUCCAUCUCAUCUCAGACGGCGAGGGAGUUGUAGAGGCAGACAACCAUGGGCUAUCAUUUCGUGCUAUAGUGGUUGUUGUGGUUGAUUGUGUUGUGUUGGAGUCUGAUAGGAGCUUAAUAAAGAUUUGGGGAUCUGGUGGUGGCAUUGAGAUGAUAAGUGAGAGACGGGAUUUUUUGAGAUGCUCUACCAAAGAAAGAGGAACAGAGAGCUUCAAGUAUAUAAAAAAAAAAAAAGAAGUAAUUUCUCUUUUGAGAUAAGUUCAGUCUAUUUGAACUCUUAUUUUCAAUUCUUGCAUAUUGAUGAUAAAUUUAUGUUCAUUAUUGUAAAUAAUUAAAUUGUGAAUCUGGAGCUUUGUCUGGUUAUCAUACUGAUUGAAUAUGGUUUUGUUAGAUGGGUACUUGAAAAUCAAGUUCUUGGUCAAUCAACUCUUCAAGUGGCCAGGACUUAGCUUCUGCUUUAACUUGAUGUGACUUUUGUGAUGAGGUGGAGGAAAAUGCUAUUCACCUGUAAACAUUGUCAAGUGGCUUUUAGAAUUUGGGAAGAAUGUUUCAUGGUAGGGGAUUGAGAUUGUCAUUGCAGGAUGCUGUCCUGAUGCAUUUCAUCAACAUGGGCACAUUUUCACUCACUCCUAAAGAGGUCAAUAAUGGUGCGGAUAUUGUUUGGCUUGCUGUUAUUUCGACUUAUUGAAUUUUUAGGAAUAACAAGUUGUUCACAGAUAUUGAGUUUGAUGAGAAUAGAAUGUUUGAUAUCAUUUAGGUGUCGGAUUGGUUGAUAAACCCAAUGGAAGGGAAGGAGACGUGCCGUUAUAUUAUUAAGGAGUGGGAAGUUACCAUGUUUUUAAUUGUGAAUGAACUGUAAUAUUUUUGUUAAGGUUUUGAGUAACCUUUGUCUUUAGACUUAAUAUAAUAAAUAAAUAAAUAGUUUAUUGCCAU